AUGGACAACCCUCAGCCUUUGGAGGAGGAGGCAUAUGAUAUGUCAGGUGCCCGGCUUGCCCUUACACUGUGUGUCACCAAAGCCCGAGAAGGUUCAGAGGAGGACCUGGCUGCCUUGGACGACAUGUAUCAGCAGCUGCUAUUUGAAAGCAUCAUGAAGAUAGACCCCACUGCUCAGGAAUUCCAGCAAGAGUUGGUUAAAUUCCAGCAGACCAUGGAUGCCCGGACAGACCCUAUCAGCUGUGCCUUCGUGGUGCUCAUGGCACAUGGGAAUGAAGGCUUUCUCAAGGGGGAGGAUGGCAAGAUGGUCAUGCUGGAGGACCUCUUUGAGGUCCUGAACAACAAGAACUGCCUGGCACUAAGAGCUAAGCCUAAGGUGUUCAUCAUACAGGCCUGUCGAGGAGAACAAAAGGACCCUGGAGAAACAGUAGGUGGAGAAGACAUAGUACUGAUCACAACAGACCACCCCCAUACCAUCCCAACCUACACUGAUGCCCUGCAUGUCUACUCCACAGUAGAAGGGCACAUUGCCUACCGACAUGAUGAGAAGGGUAGCUCCUUCAUCCAGACCCUGGUUAAGAUUUUAAUUGAGAAAAAAGGACCCAUCCUGGAGCUUCUGACAGAGGUUACCCGGCAGCUGGCGGAAAAAGAGCUGGUUCAGGAAGGACAAGUGAGGAAAACGAAUCCCGAGAUCCAAAGCACCCUCCGGAAACGGCUGUAUCUGCAGUAG